AUAUUGGUUUUAGAGAAUAGAGAUCUCUCUCUCCGCUCUCUCUCUCUCUCUCUCUUACUCUCACUGUAUCUUCUUCUCCAUGCUUUCUCUCUUCACUCUCUCUACUCUUCUCUUUGUAAAAAAACCCUUAACCAGAGAGAGCACAGCAAGUUGUAGAGAGUAGGGAGGGGAAGAAGAAGAAGAAGAAGAUUCUGAACCCAUAAAACCUUCUUCUUCUGAACCCAUAAAACAGAGCCCUCUGUUGUUUCAGAUAUACCCAUCAAAACCCCCGAAAUGGAAAAACACACAAGAAUUGGAAUAGCAAUGCUUCUCUUCGUCUUACAGAUUCUCAAUUCUCUGCACGCUGGCGAGGCCGAUCUGGCUGCCGACAAGGCAGCGCUGCUGGCCCUCCGCUCCGCCCUCGGCGGCCGGACGCUUCUCUGGAACACUACGGAGAAUAGCCCCUGCCGGUGGUCCGGAGUCCAGUGUGACGCCGGCAACAGUCGCGUAACCGCCCUUCGCCUCCCCGGCGUCGCCCUGUCCGGCCAACUUCCUGGCGGCGCCGUCGGAAACCUCACCGGCCUCCGAACUCUCAGCCUCCGGUUCAACGCCCUCGCCGGUCGUCUCCCGCCGGAUCUCACCUCCUGUACGGAGCUCCGGAACCUCUAUCUACAAGGCAACCACUUCACCGGCGCCUUGCCGGAGUUCUUGUUCGGCCUCCGGAGCCUCGUGAGGCUGAAUCUCGCCGGAAACAACUUCUCCGGUGAGAUCCCGACCGGGUUCAGUAACUUGACCCGCCUGAGAACUCUCUAUCUCGAGAACAACCAACUCACUGGCUCCAUUCCGGAGCUUAAGCUUCCAAAUCUCGCGCAGUUCAACGUUUCUUUCAACCGGUUGAACGGCUCGGUCCCGGCGAGCCUCCAGUCCAUGCCGGCGGCUGCAUUCGCCGGAAACUCACUCUGCGGCCGCCCACUCGAAUCCUGCUCCGGCAACGGAACAUCCCCCGCCAUCGCCGGCAUAGACAUAAAUAACAACGAGAAAAACAAGAAAAACGGGUUGUCCGGUGGCGCCAUUGCCGGGAUUGUGAUUGGAUCUGUCUUAGGUUUUCUCCUAAUCCUCCUAAUUUUGUUCUUCUUGUGCCGGAAAAGGACCAGUAAGAAAACAAGCUCAAUCGACAUUGCGGCAAUUAAGCACCAAGAGUCGGAGAUACCGGGAGAUAAGUCCGCAGGAGAACCCGAAAACGGCGGGUACGGAAACGGGUAUUCCGUGGCGGCGGCUGCGGCGGCUGCCAUGACGGUUAACGCGAAGGGAGAGGUGAGCAAUGGCGGAGCCAAGAAGCUGGUGUUCUUCGGCUCCGGUCGGGUCUUCGAUUUGGAGGACUUGUUGAGGGCUUCGGCGGAGGUGCUCGGAAAAGGGACGUUUGGGACGGCGUACAAGGCGGUGCUGGAGGUGGGGACGGUGGUGGCAGUGAAGAGGUUGAAGGAUGUGACCAUCUCUGAGAGAGAGUUCAGAGAGAAGAUUGAAUCUGUGGGGGCAAUGGACCACCAAAACUUGGUCCCUCUCAGGGCGUACUAUUACAGCAGAGAAGAGAAGCUUUUGGUCUAUGAUUACAUGUCCAUGGGCAGCCUCUCUGCACUUCUACAUGGCAACAAAGGUGCCGGGAGGACCCCCUUGAACUGGGAAAUCAGGUCCAAGAUCGCCCUUGGAGCUGCCCGGGGGAUCGAAUACCUGCAUUCUCAAGGUCCCAAUGUCUCCCAUGGAAACAUCAAAUCGUCCAACAUCCUUCUCACCAAAUCGUACGAUGCCAGGGUCUCUGAUUUUGGCCUCGCUCACCUUGUGGGACUGUCCUCUACCCCCAACAGAGUGGCUGGAUAUCGCGCCCCAGAAGUAACCGAUCCUCGCAAAGUUUCUCAUAAGGCUGAUGUCUACAGCUUUGGCGUGUUGGUGCUGGAGCUUCUGACUGGCAAAGCGCCCACUCACGCCCUGCUGAACGAGGAAGGAGUCGACCUUCCAAGAUGGGUGCAGUCUAUAGUUAAGGAGGAGUGGACUUCAGAGGUUUUCGAUCUGGAGCUCCUCAGGUACCAGAAUGUUGAGGAGGAGAUGGUUCAACUCCUACAGCUUGCGAUCGAUUGUGCAGCUCAGUAUCCUGACAAGCGACCUUCCAUUUCUGAAGUCGCCAGCCGGAUCGAGGAGCUUCGCCGUUUUAGCUUGAGAGGUGGUGAUCAAGAUGUGCAGCCUGAUGUUGUCCAUGAAGCGGAGUAAGUUCUCCCUCCUAGGCAGCAGCAUCCUGGAGUUGCUGCGCCCCCAUUUGACUGCUGAAAAAUGCAUCAAAAAACCAUUUUACUAUUCCAUCUUUAGCAAGAUUAAAUUGGUGCUCUUGUUGGUUGAUCUGGGCCUCAUCUUUUACCAACUGUUCAUGUUAUUUGUCCUUUCGAAACCCUUUUUUUUUUUUUUCUCCCUUUGAUUCCCCCAUUGUAGCAACCUUCCCUUCCCUUCCUUUUUUUUUUUUUAAAUUUUCUUCAUACACCGGGGGGCCAAUUAUCUGUUGUUCUUGGGUGGAUCAUGGUUGCUGUAAUUAUUACUCCAGCUUUUACUUUUGCUUUUGCUUUGGGACCCACCUUCUGUGCGUGUGAGAUUGGGAUGUUUUAACUUUUGAUGGGUGGGUAGUCAAGUUGUAAUGCUUCUUCAGGUGAAUCUGAUACCCAUCCUUCUCUU